CAGGAGGUGAAGAAAGGAGAGCUAACGUUAGUUUGCUGGUCUAGCUGGAUGUUCUGUGUGGACGAAUCAUUUGCAGGGUCAUCAGUGACAACUCUCAGCCGAGCACCCAACACUCCAGUUUAACUGUGUGCCAGAUGACGGCUGCCACAAGGCAGGAGGUUCUCUCGCUGUACCGACGAGUACUGCGCAUUGCUCGUAGCUGGCAGGCGCAGUCUGCCCUGCCACAGGAUACGAAGAGUGAGAGGGACUACAUAGCUCAGGAGGCAAGGACCCUGUUCAGGCAGAACCAGCAGGUGACUGAUCCAGAAUCAAUCAAGAAAUGCAUAGAAGAAUGCCGGGCAAGGAUAGAAAUUGGGCUGCAUUACAGGAAUCCAUAUCCAAGGCCGACAUACCUUCCUCCUAUGGGACUUGCCACUCAGAAAGGGAGAAAGCUGCGUGCCCAGGAGAGGUUGAGGAAGCAGGCCAAGCCCAUUUACUUAGAGUCACAUGAUGAGACAUCCUGACAUGUAACAGGUCAGGGUCGGUAUGCUGUGAAAAGGGUAUGAGUCAGAGGAUAGUGUGCUCAGAGACAGCUGUGAAGGACAAUGUGAAAGUGAUGGGAACUAUCACACACAAGCUUUUCUCCGAAUGGUUGUCCUCACAGCAACAAUGGCAUAGUGGUAGUGACCCACGGUGAAGAAGCUGUCUGGCACUUCAGUCUCUUGUUGCUACUGAGGAGCUGAUUCUCUCUACUCUCAGUGUAAAAAUCUUUAAUAUUAUUCACACAAGUAAACUUCAGUGUUCAUGGAAACGUUUUGGAGCUGUCAAAUACAUCACCAGUUUGUACUAUACACAGUCCCUUCCUCUGCCACAUUUUACAAGAAUGUGAGUAAUGAUUAAUGUCUUACUGUCAAUAUAUAUGUUUUGUCAU